ACUGGCAGCCACUGUUAGAGUCAACAAACACAUGAGGUGAAUGAAGAGGUUGGAUUAAAACCAACUGAUUCAUGCUGACAUAAAUAAUUGUCAUAAAGAUUUUUUUUUUUUUUAAUUCAUAAAUAUUCACUGGAAUGAAAUGGAAGUAACUUCCUGGAAAAGCAAACGAGGAAACGUCGUGUGUGUAAAACAGGUCACGCAGGUAGGAAUUAGUGAGCUGUAAGGAGCCUGGAAUUUCUCCUCUCAGCGCUCAGCCAAGUUGCAAGGUGAGUUGUUUGUUGAUCUCCGGUCAUUGCAGGAGUGCGCCUGGCCUCGCCUCGCCCCUCCCACCCCUCCGCUCCGGCUCUCCUCUGCGCUCACCAAUAAAGCGCUUUUUGUCCGAGGAGUCGGCACUCGGGCGCAUUCCUUGACGUGGAGCCUGGUGUACCUCUCCGAGGACUUGAUGAAGACCGCCCGUUGGAAGUCGGGAGACGUACGGCGAAAAAGUUUUGUCUUUCGAGAGUCCGCGCACACGGAAAACUACGAGGUGUGGAGUUAACGCUGGCGGACUGCUCUGUUUGGAUAAAGGCACAAGCGCGACCGCGCUCACAACUUUACUUCCCCGAAGUUAAGGGGACCUGAAGAAGUCGGAGACGUGGAGCCGGAGCAGAGGAGGAGGAGGCAUCUUCGCUGGGUUGAGCAUGGAGAAAGAAAAAGUCUGCAACAUGAAGAUCUUUCUCACUACGCCGAUGCCCUUUCUGCUCCUCCUCAUCCUCCCCAAUGGAGUCUUCUCCAGCGAAUGCCCAAAGGAUUGCUCCUGUCCAAGUCCCGAAUCCAUUCUAUGUUUCCAGAGACGCUCCUCUACCAUUCCCAGCGGAGUGGCUCCAUCCACAAAAAGCCUCUACCUGUUUGCCAACGGGAUUGAAGGCUUGUCAACUGAUGACUUCGAUGGUCUGGAGAACCUGGAAAUGCUGGACCUCAGUCAGAACAAACUGACCCACCUUCCUGAUAGGGUGUUUGAACCUUUAACUUCUUUGAGAAACCUGGACUUAUCAUCAAACCAGAUCACCCACAUUUCAGAUGCAUGCUUCCAGGGUAUGGUACUGCUUGAGCGCCUUUAUUUGUAUAGUAAUCAUAUCACGUCUAUCCACCCAUCAGCCUUUAAUGGUUUGGACCACUUGCUGGAACUCAAACUGCAGGGAAACAUGUUGACAUCCCUGCCUACGCUCGCAAUGCCCCAACUGCUACUGCUGGACCUUCGGUUUAAUGUCUUACCCACUUUGGGCCCGUCAGAUCUCCAAACCCCAAACCUGGAGUCAUUAAAAUUGGGGGGUGUAGGUCUGACCAGCCUAAAUAAGGAGCUCAUUGGUACUCUGAAGAAUCUGCAUGAACUGGACAUUUCAGGAAACAAACUGGAGUCGUUCCCCCCUGCACUGAAGGAGACCCAAGGGCUGGUUUACCUUAGCCUGGCUGGAAACCCAAUGGGCCCUCUUAAGGUUCACGACCUGCAAAACCUAUCGGAGCUGCAGGAGUUGGACAUUAGUAGCCUCAGUCUGCAAGGCCUCCCUGAAGAGUUCUCCCAGCUUUUCCCCCACCUCAGAAAACUCACAGUAGCAGAAAACCCCUUCAACUGUCUUUGCAACUUAGCAUGGUUCCCAAGAUGGCUCAGAGCCCAGAGCAUAACCCUGGAGAAAACAGAGGUGACCCGCUGCCAUUUUCCACCCAUCAAUUCUGGGAAAGUAUUAGAAAGACUAGAGCACAGAGAUUUUGGCUGUCCCACUACAACCACAGUCACUACUAGUACUGUCAAAACUACUACAACUACUGUGCCUGUUCCUGUCACUACUUUACCAACUACGACCAGAGAAAUUCCAGUCCCCAGGGCCAGUGACAACCCCACAGACAAAGAGGGUGACUAUCCACUGCCUCCUGACCCUGCAUCCCCCAGUAGCAGCAGCAUCGACCAAGACAAUGAUCCGAAUUUCUGUCCCUCUCAAACCUGUCUGAAUGGGGGGACUUGUCGUUUGGACCAGCACGGUCAGGUAGACUGUACCUGUCCACACGGUACCUCCGGGAUGUAUUGUGAAAUCCAAAUCCAUCAUCCGCCUUCACCACCCGAAUCCUCCACUACAACCGUCACCCCAGAUGCACCAGACAUCAGCUCACAUCAAGCAACAGCGACCUCCAUCCUGCUGGACCUUCACCGCUACAUUGAAGCUCGUCCUUACAUCCGUGGAAUCCGACUAACCUACCGCAAUCUCUCUGGGCCAGACCGCAGGCCUAUUCAACUCAGCCUCCCAUCAUCCUUCCCAGAGUACAGACUUAGAGGCCUCAAUCCCAACUCCACCUACGCUGUGUGUGCAAGUCCAUUAGGGGAUAAUAGCGGCAUAGACAGUGUCUGCACUGAGGCUCAUACAACCCCUGACAACACAAGGGGCUCUAAUGCACGGAUUGAGGACCCAAAACUAACCACUAUGCUGGUGCCUGCACUUGCUAUAUUGCUAGUUGUCGUACUGAUAGCAGUAGCAGUGGGAGUGGUAUGCUAUCUUCGCAGGAAGAAGGCCAAGGGACACUUGGAACUGGAGUGUGAGCCUUCCCAGCUUGAGUUGGAUGGAGUUAAAGCUGGCUUGGACAAUGGGGCACUGCCUCACAAACAGGCUCAGCUUAUGAUCCCUGAACCGGCUGUUCAGCACAGUAAUAUGGAAUAUGAGGUGUUGCUACUACAAGAUCACUGUACAUCAAAUAACAAUAUGUCGUCACAUAAGCCUCCAUUCUUUUGACAACUGGCUUUGACUAUUCAGAUCUAAAGGAGGAUUUUUAAUUCUUCAGCUUCACCUUGAGUGAAAUACGAACAGUGGCAACUGCUGUUGUGAAAGUGGAGGAUGCACUUUGAGCCGACCAAAGGAGAAACUGACAAUUUAUUGAACUUGCUGUCUUUGCUUGUCUAAGUAGACAAUAAACUAGUUCAAAAACAUUACUUUGGUCAGGAAACAAUGAAAGUUCUUCGACUCCAUUUACACGCUGCAUCCUGCUUCAAUAAUAUUUCCUCACUCCCAUUCAGCUCCCAUGCUGUGAUGCUGGGACUGAUGGUGUGUUGUCAUUGGCUGAAAUGUACACUUAAGAGACACAGUGUCCUCAUGCCCUCCUUCAUUUUUUUCGUUGUGGAGUGUGCACAGAGAUGGAGUUGUGCCACCUCUUCCCAUCACGACGGCCCAACGAAACUGAGUCAGCAACUGUUGUUGCUGCCCAUUGUAUCUCAUCAGUACUACCCCAAAGGGAACAGUGCUUGCUGUGAAUGACCUUUAAGACACCAAAUGAAGUAGUGCAGAGUAACUAGCUGACGCUUGUAGUGCUUUAUUUGGCUCUUAAACUGUUUUGUAUGUAUGUUUUUUUUUCUUUUUUAAAUAUCUGUGUCUCUAUGUUAUUUCUUAUCGUGCAACUUUGUGACUGUUAACAACCCUCAGCACCAUCCACCCUACCACUUGUGACUAACAGACAAAACCACAGAUUAAAAUCUUUGAAGAUUAAAACUCGUUUGGUACCAGUAAAAUCAAUCAAAGGGCUUUGCCUCCGGAAAAUCAGACAGUCUAAGUAGAUGUGAGUCUGGACACAGUCGAGACUAAAUCCCCCUCCUUCCACAGUGAAGCUUUCAGCCUGCUUUACAAAGGGUGAAGGCAGGCGGGAUUACAAAUACAGUUGACUGAACCCCUUCUGCGUUCAGUGCACUAGGUUUCUAAAUUCUUUUAAAUGCUUAUCGUAGUAACAGUAAACACUCACUUUAUUUAUUGUCGAUAUUCCCUGUAAGGGAAGCUGUGUUAUCCCUCAACCACACUUCACAUACAACAUACUACUUUGCCUUGCAGACAACAAGCGAAGCAAAUAGUGGAUUGUGUAUUGCGUUUCUCCUGAAUGCAAAUGAGUCUGAUUUAUGUAAUGCAGUGGAUAAUUUUUCUUUGGCAAAGACGGCCCAAGUUUUGCUCACUUGUACCUAACCUGACCACAGGAACGCCAGAUGCACAGAGCAGCAACCUUCCCAGUGUUUAUAUUGUUUCGCUGUUUCAUAGAGGACAAAGAGACUUGCAGAGGUUCACUGGAAGAUUAUCAUAAAGUGCUCAGAUCCAAAUCUGUGAAUAUGGGGCAAAGAAGGAGUUAAAGUAGUGUGUGUGUGUGUUUGCGCGCAUGUGUGUGCGCAUGCGUAAAUCUCUCCAGCUAAGUGAUAACAUUUUUCAUGUUCCGUCUUGUACAAAGACCUGCAGACAUCAAGUUACUAUCAGUUAUCCCCGUUAUGUGCCCACAUGCCUCGGAGUGCUUUAAGCCCCAAACAACUCCGCCCGUGAGCAAACACACCAAAGACACAUCUGUGAAUUUCUGUACAGUUACCGACAGUGUUUCCAGUACACGCUUCACUGCUAACAAAAUGCCUUGAGAAUCCACAAUCAACUAACGCAACUGGAAUAUGUGUCUGUAAAAUAGAGUACAUUGAAGAUGAGCAAAAGCAUUUUCAAUGUGAUUGUUAAUUUUUCCCUGUUUACUUUGGGAAACUAUUUGUUGCUAUCUGUUGUUGUCAUUGUCUUUUUUUUUUUUUUUUUUUUUUAAUUCUAU